AUGGCUCUAGCAGUAGUGGGUGGAGCUUUUCUCUCUUCUGCUCUUGCUGUUCUGUUUGAUAGGAUCGCUUCCCGUCCCGUUGUUGACUUCAUCCGAGGGAAGAAGACCACUGCUGGGCUGCUCGACAAGUUGAAGAUCAAGUUGUUGUCAGUUAACAAUUUGCUUGAUGAUGCAGAGGAGAGGCAAAUCAGAGAACCUGAAGUGAGGAAAUGGCUUGAUGAGCUUAAAGAUGUUCUGUAUCACGCCGAUGAUCUAUUGGAUGAAAUCAAGACUGCAGCUCUGCGUAGCAACAUGGAACGAGAAGAUUCUGGAAGCAGCUGCUGCAGCACAUAUCAGGUACUCAAGUUUUGUUCUAGUUCCGUUGGAAAAAGUCUGGAACCUAGGAUACAAAAGAUUCUUGACAGACUAGAGCUUAUUGUCAACGAAAAAGAUGGGCUUCAUUUGAAUGUGGGUGUUAAAGAUAGACCACAAGCAACACGGUGUACAACUUCUUUGGUAGAAGAGUCUAGUGUAUAUGGAAGGGGUGAAGAAAAGGAGGCCAUUGUCCAGUUAUUGCUAGCAGAUGGCAAGACUGAAAUAAAGACAGAUAUGCUUCCACUUGUGGGCAUGGGUGGGAUCGGCAAGACCACGCUUGCUCAACUUGUAUACAACGAUGACAGAAUCAAGCAACAUUUUGUCCAUCGAUCUUGGUUUUGUGUUUCAGAAGGUUUUGAUAUUACCAAAAUAACAAAGUCUAUUUACCGGUCGGUAACUUCAGAAGUUUGUGAUAUCGAAGACCUUGAUCUGCUUCAAGUUAAACUGAAGACGUCAUUGACAGGGAAGAAAUUUCUCAUUGUUUUUGACGAUGUUUGGACAGUGAAUAAUAGAGAUUGGGAACUCUUGAGCCGACCCUUUGAGAGUGGAGGUAAUGGAAGUAAGAUCAUUGUCACAACACGUGAUGAAGGAGUUGCACGCAGUAUUGGUACCCUUCAAAGUCAAAAUCUAAAGCAAUUAUCUGAGGAAAACUGCUGGUCGUUGUUCUCAAAACAUGCCUUCCAGAAUGCAGGUGGUGAUGUAGAUCCCUUGCUUGAGGUGAUUGGAAAACAGAUUGCUCAAAAGUGUAAAGGACUCCCUUUAGCUGCAAAAUCACUUGGGUGUCUUUUACGUUCUGAAUCAAAUAUUGAGAAACGGGAAGAAAUAUUGAACAAUGACAUAUGGGAGUUGCAAGAUAGAGAGAAUGACAUUUUGCCAGCUCUAUGGUUGAGUUACUAUUAUCUACCUCCACAUCUGAAGCGUUGUUUUGCUUACUGUUCCUUAUUUCCUCAAGAUUAUGAGUUUGACAAAAGGAAACUGGUUUUGUUGUGGAUGGCUGAAGAUCUCUUACCGUCGAAAUCAAAGACUGCAUUUGAACAAGUCGGAGAGAACUACUUUGAUGAUUUAUUGUCAAGGUCAUUUUUUCUACGGGGACAACAUCCUUCUUCUUUCACCAUGCAUGAUCUUAUCCAUAACUUGGCAAACUUUGUCUCUGGAGAGUUUUGUGUUAGGUUGGAGAAUAAUGACUCUGUACUGGAAAAUGUCUGCAAGGCUCGCCACUUCUCCUGUAUGAAUUAUGCACAUGGAACCGGCACUUUUGAUCAAUGGGACAGCUUGUAUGAAGCCAAGUAUUUGAGGACCUUUCUACCAAAAUCAGAAUAUUUUGAUACAUUCUACGGGCGACGAAUUUUUUACGUGUCUCUUUAUGACAAAAUUAAAGUAACUUUUGAUACAUUCCUGAAGCUUCAGUAUUUAAGAGUGCUUAGAUUAUCAGGGUACGAUAUUCAUGAGCUGCCCAAGUCAGUUAGCAAGUUGAAGCACCUGAGGCACCUUGACUUGUCAAUCACAUUAAUUAGAAAGUUACCUGAUGAGAUAUGUUCUUUAUAUAAUUUAAAGACCUUAUUGUUGUGGCAGUGUCAAUCUCUAGUUGAGUUGCCAACUGAUUUCAGAAGAUUAGUAAACUUACGUCAUCUUGAUAUUAGAGGCACAAAGAUAAAGAAGAUGCCACCGAGGAUGGGGAAAAUGAAAGAUCUGCAAACAUUAAGAGGUGAGUUUGUCCUAGACAAAAAUACUGGUGGUAACAUUGCAGAGAUUAAAGAGCUUGAGCAGUUGCGAGAAACACUAUCUCUGGGCUUCGCAAUAUUGCACAUGUGACCGAUGCCAUGGAGGCCAACAUCAGCGGAAUUUCGAAGCUGGACAGCAAGGGGUUAGGACAACUCACCUCUCUUAAACAGUUGGGUAUUCGUGAUUGCCCUCAACUCCAGUGCUUGCCAGAUGAAGGGCUACCCACUUCCCUUUCUUGUCUGAUCAUUGCUCGUUGUCCUUUACUAGAACAACGUUGCCAGAGAGACACCGGGGAAGAUUGGCCCAAGAUUGCUCACAUCAGCACCAUUCAUGUCGGUGGCAAAAGUAUAUGACGUGCCAUGGCGGCAUGUUCUUACUAAUUCCCUAAUCAAAUGAUUCCACUGCUGAGAUAUUGGAUAGAAAUUUCGUUUCGAUGUUGGACAAGGUUCUGAUUCCUAGUCUAAUUAUGGGAGUAUAGGACUGCACAGCCAGAGGAAUAAUUGCCGGUGUACAGAGAUUUUUUUUGUUUUCCGCCCAACAAAACAAAAGAGGAUGUUGGAAAGGUUUCCUGGUAAUGCUGGAUUCAUCCAAGGGUAUAAUUCGGUUGGAUUUCAUGCAUUGAUUCUCUACCUUGAUACAAGUAGUCCUAAUUGUGAACAAGGCAGCUUCAUCCGGUUGGAAUCCCAUAACCAAUUUCUCAGUCAAGGCUGGAGAACUUGGGUUUGCAACCAAGACCGGCUGCUGGUAUUGUUGAAUUCGCAAACUCGAGGAAAUUGUCAGAGCAUCACUGUUUGGAUCUGGGUCGCAAAAUUGUGAUAACGUCUUUCAUAUCUGGCGAGAAUCCUCUACAUGUGUCCUCCAAAACCAACUUCAUCAUAGAAAACUCGCACCGCCGAUUGACAUGUGUCGUUCUCAUUGACGUCAUUCAAUUAUUUGUAAUGUAAGUAAAUUCUUGAAUUAACAUGUAUAAAGGUCAGGUUUAUCUAAACUACUUUGAGAGUAUU